CCUGCUGCCUGCCACAUCUGGACACGCUUCCCAACACGAGAAACUUCAACUUUUUGCGUUUCCUCCGCGCAGAAAAGACUCAGACGUUUGCGAAUAAUCUAUCCGUCCCGGUGAAUUUGGCUUUCUGUCGAUAGUAAGUAGAGAUUCUUGAAGCCAAGUUGGCGUUUCUCUUUUCUCUCUGUGCGCUUUUACAUCACCAUUGGUAAACAGAGAUCCUUUUGGGAGUUUCAUACAUUCAGUUGCGAUGGAACUGCCACGUUAGAUUUAGGUAAAAAAUCAAUAAAUUCAAUAGCGCACAAACGCGUAAUGGAUAACUACAUAUCCACGUUGUGAUUUCUGUGCGUAAAGAAGUGUUAAGAAGGAAAAGACGGACAGAAGUGCAGAGUGGUUCCACGCAAAUCAAAUAGACAAAUCUAACAGAAGUUUAUAAAUUCACAUUUCCCUGUCACAGGUUAGUGGAUUGUUUUGGAUUUUUACGCAAAUCCUGUUUUAUAGACGCAGCUGGUUUUCAAGAGAGUAUAAUCCUGCGUGGAUGGUGACAUGAGUCAGAAGGAAUCACAUAGUGAAAUUAAACAGCGACUAGUGAUGGAGUGAUACAUUUCAGACUUUUUCUUUUCUUUUUUUAUAUAUAUACCCGGCACUGAUCUAACAUUUGGAAAGAAAAGGCUGGAAUAAGACAUAAGGCGCACAGCUCCAUACUGAAGUGUUUAAGUUAGUCUGAGGGGAAAUUUAAAAGACCUAAAAAUACAGCGUUGGUUUCUUCCCUACAAAGAAUCAUUUGAACUUCCCACCGCAGAGCGAGAGCGACAUAAAUAGUUCUGACAUGUGGAUGUAAUUUCAGAAGAGGAAAAAAGACAGAUGCAGAGAAAUAAAGAGAGCGGGCUGAGGCUGAGCAUAUAGUAGAUUAUAGGAAAUUAAAUCUCGGGCAGAGCGAGGCGAUUACAGAGUUAUGAUUUCACAGGCUGCCGUAAGCUUCGACAGGCCAGAUGGAGUGAAAAAAUACAACUGGCCGCUUUCUGAAGAGAGUUAAGUAGAUUAAAUCAUUUCAUCUGAACAUCAUCAGCAUCUGUUUGAGCCCUGCGAGGAUCCUUGGAUUUAGAGUUGCCUCAGGUCAGGGAUGGGAUCCACUCUGCUCCACAACCUGGACUUUCUUCUCAUCUCACUCCUCAGCAGUUUGUGCUUGGUUUAUGCAGAUGAUGUGCUCACGAAAGAGGAACAGAUACUCCUAUUGUUAAAGGCCAAACGGAAGUGUGAGGGCUACAUCAAGUCUAAACACAAGAUUCCUGAUGGUUACUGCGCACCAGAAUGGGAUGGACUUGUUUGCUGGCCUGAAGGGCCUCCAGGAAAGCUCAUUUCUAUUUCAUGUCCAGAGUACAUUUAUGACUUCAACCAUCAAGGACUAGCGUACCGUCGAUGUGAUACAAAUGGGACGUGGGAAGCGGCCAUAAGCAACAACAGAACAUGGGCCAAUUAUAGUGAAUGUGCAAAGUUCCUGUAUCAUUACAACCAGAGCCAUGAAAAGGAGGUGUUUCACCGUCUAUAUCUCAUCUAUACAGUGGGAUACUCCAUCUCUCUGGGAUCACUUUUGGUGGCCGUGCUCAUUUUAGGAUAUUUCCGGCGAUUACACUGCACUAGAAACUACAUCCACAUGCACCUUUUUGUGUCUUACAUGCUAAGAGCUGUAAGUAUUUUUGUAAAAGACAUUGUGCUGUACUCUGGAUCGGCCUUAGAGGACAUGGAGAGCGCCACCGUGGAAGACCUCAAGUCCAUCACUGAGGCUCUGCCAGCCAACAAAACACACUUUAUUGGCUGCAAAGUGGCUGUGACCUUGUUCAUGUACUUUUUGGCGACCAAUUACUACUGGAUCCUUGUGGAGGGUCUGUACCUCCACAGCCUCAUCUUCAUGACCUUCUUCUCGGACAGAAAGUAUCUGUGGGGAUUUACUCUUAUUGGAUGGGGGGUACCAGCUAUGUUUGUGACAGUUUGGGCUACUGUAAGGGCCACGUACGCAGACACAGAGUGCUGGGACUUAAGUGCAGGCAAUUUGAAAUGGAUAUAUCAAGUGCCUAUCCUGAUGGCUGUAGUGGUUAAUUUUUUGUUAUUUCUCAACAUCAUCAGAGUCUUAGCGACAAAACUACGUGAAACAAAUGCAGGAAGAUGCGACACAAGACAACAGUACAGGAAACUAUUGAAGUCCACAUUGGUGUUGAUGCCACUGUUUGGUGUCCACUACAUUGUGUUUAAUGCCAUGCCAUAUACAGAGGUGGCGGGUAUUCCCUGGCAAAUUCAGAUGCACUAUGAGAUGCUCUUUAACUCUUUCCAGGGAUUCCUAGUGGCAAUUAUAUAUUGCUUUUGCAACGGGGAGGUCCAAGCUGAGAUCAAAAAGUCCUGGAGCAGGAGGACUCUGGCCCUGGACUUCAAGAGGAAAGCUCGGAGCGGCAGUAACACUUACAGUUAUGGACCAAUGGUAUCACACACUAGUGUUACCAAUGUGACUGCCAGAGGACCACUGGCCCUCCACCUCACCACCAGGCUGGGGCCGGUGCCUGUAAACGGGCACCGGAACCUUCCAGGGUACGUAAAAAACGGCUCCGUCUCAGAGAACUCUAUUCCUUCAUCUGGACAGGAGCUCCACAUCCCUGAGGAGGAACACUCAGCUCCUACACGGCCCUGCGAGGAGGAGAAACCCUCACCAGUGGUAGAGGAGGAGAGGGAAACAGUCAUGUGACCCCUAGGGCACUGUAUACACACACACACACACACACACACAUAUAUAUAUAUAUAUACAUAUAUAUAUAUA